AUGUCCCGUAAUCAAGAGGAAGAAGGUCAAGAACCUCAACGGGAAUUAUACUCACCAUUUUAUUUUCUCACUCGUCCAGCACCUGUUGAUGUUGCCAACCACCAUGGCGAAUCCGUCUUCCUUACCGCUCCCCUCCUGGGUCCCCUUCUCUUCGACAACAUCGACAGCGAUUGCCGCGACCACUGCGCCAACGAACGAACCUUCCUCUCCUACCUGCGCCUCUCCAUCUACAUGACCAUAGUCUCCCUCGCCAUAAUCCUCUCCUUCCACCUAAAAUCCACCCCGACCGACCUCGAACUUCGCAUGGCCCAACCCCUCGGCAUUAUCUUCUGGGUUCUCUCUCUCGUCUGCUUGGCUCUGGGUUUUGGCAAUUAUAUGAAGACGGUUAAUAAAUAUAGUCGGCGCGUGGCUAUUGUGCAAAGCGGAUGGAAGACACAAGGAGUGAGUGGUGCGUUUUCUUAUCGUUGGCUGCGGGUGGGAGUUGGUGGUUUGUGA